GAAUUAAGUGGCAGUGAAUUGAGACCGGAGGGAAUCUGGCCCCUAGAGGCUGGUACUUGCGCCCCCAAACCCCAUCUCCCGCAGACAGACUGUCCGAGGUAAUUGUCGGCCACGAGUGCACAUUCUGAAAACAGGAGAUUUUAGUUCCUAAAAAUGGGAAGAACCUACAUUGUAGAAGAGACUGUUGGCCAGUAUCUUUCAAACAUAAAUCUCCAAGGAAAGGCUUUUGUCUCUGGCCUUUUAAUAGGACAGUGUUCUUCACAAAAGGAUUAUGUGAUUCUUGCCACUAGAACGCCCCCCAAAGAGGAACAAAGUGAGAACCUCAAACAUCCCAAAGCUAAGUUGGAUAACUUGGAUGAAGAAUGGGCCACAGAACAUGCCUACCAGGUAUCCAGAAUGCUACCAGGGGGACUUUUAGUUCUUGGAGUAUUUAUUAUUACUACUUUAGAACUGGCAAAUGAUUUUCAAAAUGCCCUGCGUAGACUAAUGUAUGCUGUGGAAAAGUCUAUAAAUAGAAAGAGAUUGUGGAAUUUCACAGAGGAGGAGGUCUCAGAACGAGUGACACUUCACAUUUGUGCUUCUACAAAAAAAAUAUUUUGUCGAACUUAUGAUAUGCAUGAUCCAAAGGGUUCAGCAAGACCAGCAGAUUGGAAGUAUCAAAGUGGAUUAUUAUCCUCAUGGCUUUCUUUAGAGUGUACAGUUCACAUUAAUAUUCAUAUCCCACUUUCUGCUACUUCUGUCAGCUAUACUCUGGAGAAAAAUACAAAGAAUGGACUUACACGCUGGGCCAAGGAAAUAGAAAAUGGUGUUUAUUUGAUUAAUGGACAAGUUAAAGAUGAAGAUUGUGACCUAUUAGAAGGACAGAAAAAAUCUUCUAGAGGAAAUACUCAAGCAACUAGUCAUUCUUUUGAUGUCAGAGUGCUAACGCAGUUGCUCCUGAAUUCAGACCACAGAUCCACAGCCACAGUCCAGAUAUGUAGCGGUUCUGUAAACCUUAAGGGUACUGUGAAAUGCAGAGCUUAUAUCCACAGCAGUAAACCCAAAGUUAAAGAUGCUGUGCAGGCAGUAAAGAGGGAUAUAUUGAACACAGUUGCUGAUCGUUGUGAAAUACUAUUUGAGGAUCUGCUUUUGAAUGAAAUUCCAGAAAAAAAAGAUUCUGAAAAAGAGUUCCACAUCCUCCCUUAUCGAGUCUUUGUUCCCCUUCCUGGAUCCACUGUAAUGUUGUGUGAUUACAAAUUUGAUGAUGAGCCGGCUGAAGAAAUCAGGGACCAUUUUAUGGAGAUGUUGGAUCAUACAAUUCAAAUAGAAGAUUUGAAAAUUGCAGAGGAAAUAAACACAGCUUGUAUGAGUUCCUCUAUGAAUAGUCAAGCUUCAUUGGACAACACAGAUGAUGAACAACCAAAACAACCAAUUAAAACUACAAUGUUAUUGAAAAUUCAGCAAAACAUAGGUGUGAUUGCAGCAUUUACAGUUGCAGUGCUUGCUGCUGGUAUCUCCUUUCAUUACUUCAGUGAUUAGGGUGAGGCACAAAGAGUUUCUUGAUCAUCCAGAGAACAUUGACAGAUAAUUAUGAAUAAUAAAGAUGUUAAUCCAUCUGUAUUUAAAACAGUAGCAGCCAGAUCUGCUGCCAUGAUGCCUAUUUGAUGUGUUUCUGAUUAAAAUGAAAUCACAAGCUGCCUUGUUUAGUCUGCUUUACAUUGUAGGUGGCCCACAUUUCCAGAAAUAAAGUUAUGCAUCUAGAUGGAAGCUGCAUGUAACAAAUCAUUAUUAUCUAUUUUUUAAAAGGUUCAAAAUGAUGGGAUAUGAUCAAGAUUUUAGUCUUACUAAUCUGAAUCACAUAUUAAUCAGGACAUUAAAAAGUUGAACAGAGGCAUGGUGGCUCACACCUAUAAUCUCAAUGCUUUGGGAGGCUGAGGCAGGAGGAUCA